CGACCGGACACACAUCUCCACCCGCAGAAUGCGACGCCCGCCGCCGCGGCUCGCCCUCCUCCUUCUCGCCUCCGGCUCCUCAGCGACCACCGAGUGGCGGAUCGCCGUCCUGCCCGACGGCCGCCCCUUUGCGCCGACCGACUUUGCGCUCGCUCCGUCGCCGCCGCUCGACGCCGCGGCGCUCAAGCAGGGCGAGGCGCUCUUCGCGCUGGAGUACGCGUCGGUGGACGCGGCGACGCGGAUCUGGACCGACGGCGGCGGCUCGGCGCAGGGCUGGGGCUUCUUCUCCAAGCUGCAGAAGCGGCCCGGCGACGCGAUGUUCACGUUUGGCGCCGUGCUGCGCUGCCUCGCGUCGCGCCACCCCGACUGGGCGGCGGGCGAGCUGGGAGUGGGCGCGUCAGCGAUCCGGGCGGUGCAGGUCCUCGACCCGGCGGCGGCGCGGCUGCGCAAGGCGCUCGGCAGCGUCGACCCGUCGCUCGAGCUGUCUGUCCUCGGCACCACGACGGGGCUCACGGCGCUGCUCGCCAUCGAGAAGCUGCUGCCGCCCCGGCCAGAGGGGCCGGGCGUGGUGUAUGUGUCGGCCGCGGCGGGCGGGGUCGGGCUGCUGGCGGCGCAGCUCUUCCAGCUGCGCAACGCGACGCGCGUCAUCGGCUCGGCUGGGACGGACGAGAAGGUGCGACUGCUGCGGUCCAAGUACGGCAUCGAGGCCUUCAACUACCGCCGCCAGGCCGUCGGCGACGCGCUCGCCGCCCUCGCCCCCGAGGGAGUCGACGUCUUCUUCGACGGCGUCGGCGGGCGCACGCUCGACGAGGCGCUGCUACACAUGAGCAAGUUCGGCACCGUCCUCAACGUCGGCGCCGUCUCCGAGUUCUCCUCCUCGUCGCGCGGCGGCCUCGCCAACGCGCACGCCAUCACCGACCGCGCCCUUCGCAUCUCGGGCUUUGGCGUCGCGAACUACCUCACGACCGAGGAGACCGUCUUUGGGUGGGAGGAGUACGGCGCAGCGCACACCGCGCUCCACGCCGGCGGCAGCGUCGGCAAGGUGCUCGUCGCCGGCCCCGUCGCCGCGGCGCCGCGGGGAGGAGGAGGAGGAGGGGACGGGGGCGGAGGAGGGGGCGGAGGGCCGGAGGCCGUGGCGGAGCUGGUGGUGCGGGCAGGCGCUUCGCUCGGGCGCGACACGGCGGCCUUCGCCCACUCCCUCGUGCACGACCACUGGGUCGACUCGGUCUCCGCGCUGCGAGCCCUCUCCGUCUCGGACCUGAUCGCGCUCGGCCUGCCGGGCCGGCUCGCAUCGCUACUCGCGGAGCGUGCCGAGCAGCAUCUCGACAGCGGAGGAGAGCCUCUGGCCACGGCACUGCUUCGCGGCGGCACGCGUGCGCCGCGUCGCCUCGGCCAAAUCUCGCACCCCCAUGCAACCACCGCCAAGUUGCGAGAGGAGAUGGAUUCCGCCGGCUACAUCUUCUCGGGCACGCGCGGCUCGUGGUCGGGAGAGGACACCAAGCGGAACGCGGCGGUGGUGCUGGGCAAGAGCAAGGCGAGCGCCGCACCGUGCCGAGGCGUGCAGUCGGCCACGGUGAAGGUGCUCUCGCCGUACGCCAAAAGGUUCAAGCUCGGCGUCGCGACCAGGAUCGUCAAGGUGCUGCACCGCGACGACUACCAGUUCGCCGCGUCGGAUUGGCCCUACAUGGACGGCUUCCGGCCCGAGUUCCUCGUCGGAGUCAUGUGGGCCGCCAACGAGUUCACCGCCGCCAACGGCGCCACCAACGUCGUCCCCGGCUCGCACAAGUGGCCACCCUCGCCGACGGAUGGCAAGCGGCCGAGCGAAGGCGGCGGUGGCGGCGGCGCCGGGAUUGGCAGCAUGGGGGGCGGCCUGCCCGAGGGGACUCAGAUCGUGCCGGGCGCGAUGCCGGAGGGGAGUGCCCUCUUCUACCUCGGCUCGACGCUGCACGGCGCGGGGCAGCACGACGGCAGCGCGCCGCCGCGCGACGGGCUCAUCUUCAUCUACUACCUCGGCUGGCUCAACAACCUGAUCAAUUUCCAUUUGGCAUCCCGAACGAGAUCCAAAAGGAGAUGCCGCCCGAACUGCAGGACCUGCUUGGGCACGCCUCUGACGGCACCGACUACGACCACCCCUGGAUCAAAGGGCCCCUUUACACGCUGCCAUACCAGGGCGGCCCUGGCACUCUCUCCUCGCUCACAAAUGCGGACCGCGCGGGCGCGGUCCGGUAGCGCACGAUAUGCAGUCUCUCGGACCCGGUUCCCUCCUCUGUAUUAGACUUGUCACCUGUGGAGUGCGAUAUGUGGCGUCCGCCCGCGUGUCUCUACGUCAGUCUUGAACCUGUAAAAUACGUGUGUGUAAGACUCGCGCCCGGCAGCAUUGUGG